AUGAGGAAGAAGACUAGAGCAAACGUCAAGGCUCACACUCCUCAGCCUACUUCGACAUCUCAAAAGCGCAAGUUGAUUGACGAAGAUGACGAUGAGCUGGUGACUGUUGACAGUGGUGAUGAGUUAUCUGGAGUGAAUCGCGAUGAGGUCGGGAUUGAAUCAUCUCAGAAAAAGCCCAAAUCGGAGAUGUUGGCUGUUCGAGGUCUUGCCGGCCGCAAGGUCAUCUUGGGUAAGCCUCUUUCUGGAAAAGCUUUGUACUCUUGUGGUAUAGUUAAGCUUUUUGAGGAUUUAGGGUUUCAGUCCUUUUUGGUUGAUUUGCCUAAAACUUGCUAUCCUGCGUUAGUUAGAGAAUUUUAUGCGAAUCUACAGUUGGUUGGAUCUGAUCAGUAUGUCUCGUUUGUUUCUGAUGUUAAGAUCUGUUUGUCCUCCAUGUUUUUGGGUGCGAUUUUAAAAAUACCACCAUCCACUCUGUCUAUUCACACUAAGAGAGGUCCAAAAAGUGUUGAGGGGUUCUCUCACCAAGAUCAAUUAAAAUUGAUAACUGGGUCUGAUAAUGUGUCUGAGAAUAUGUUUCCUUCCACUACUCAGUUGCUUCCUCUUGCUCAAGCACUUUUUAAGCUGUCAAUUGAUAAUGUUAGUCCUAGGCUUGGUACUAGGUCUAAUCUGUCUUCACAAGAUAUUGUGGUUGUUGCUAUGAUCAUGGCGGGUCGAAAGUUUGAUUUGCCAGAUUUGAUUCUUAAAAACAUGUUGGAUGCAGUUGAGGGUAAAUCUUCUGGGGGUUUACCAUAUGGGUUACUUUUAACCAGAGUUUUUGAAUGGUUUGGAGUGUCAUUUGUUGAUGAGGACACUAUUACUGCUAAAGAAUUUUUGGAUGUUAAGUUUCUAUCUCAGUCAAAUUUGAAGUUGGAUAAGGAUGGGAAUCUGAUUGUGGUUGAAAUUCCUCCACCUCCACCUCCUACACAUUCUGUGAACGUUGUUGAUUUGGGAAUCUCUGCACAGGAGAUUCAGGAAUAUAUGGAAGAGCUUCGUACUAAUCAUCAGCAGCUGGUGGACGGGCAGAAGCAGUUGUCUGAGAAGAUGAUUGAGUUAAAUUCUCAGUUUGCUUUCUGGAAGGACAUGAUGUUUGGGGCUAGAACUUCAACUGCUUCAGAGAAAUGCAGUUCGGGAAGCUUUGCUUAUGAGCUCUGCAAAAGGAUGUAUGGCUCCGGGGGUUCAUCUGAUGUGAAGGCUACUUUCACUUCUGAGGAUGAUGUUACUGAUAGCCCACGGCCAAGAACAGCUAUGGAUGCUUUGAAGGAGGCUGCUGGAACGGACUCCAAGUAUGCUGCUGCAGGGGAAGAGAUGCUAGCUCGGAAUGUGAUUGCGGCAGAGCUUGCCAAGAAGUAUGGAUUGGAGAAGGAUGAACAGGACAAGCCUGGAACUUGA